AUGGCUCCGAGAAUAAUAUUAAAAUCUGAAGUUGGUUUUACUACUUUUGCUAUAGUCAUCUUCUUCUUGUUCAUUUUGUGCGUCCACUCCGAUUUGCAAGAAGCUCGAGAUCCAGAAGCUGGCUACUUGUGGAAGCUUCUGAAAGCUCUGAAGCCAGCUCCCUCCAACUGGUCCGAAGACACAUAUAUCUGCAAUUGGAAUGGCGUAGAAUGCAGUAAGGAAGGCAAAGUCUACGCUCUUAAACUCUCUUCAAUGUCCCUCACCGGCACUAUCCCUUCAGAUCUCAACAACACCCUCACCCAACUCAACCAUCUUCUUCUAGACAACAACUCUCUCUCGGGGCCUCUUCCCUCUCUCGCCGGCCUCUCCACGCUCACAGAGGUUCAACUCGACAACAACAACUUCACCUCCAUCCCUCAUCGUUGCUUUCAGGGUCUUUCCAGUUUGGAAACCCUCACUCUAAGUAACAACAUCAACCUCCCACCCUGGAGUUUCCCUCUUGAUUUGGUUCAGUCUUCCUCCAAACUCCAAGACCUCCGACUGUACGCUACAAAUCUUAUUGGCACCUUACCAGAAGACAUAUGCACUUCCUUCUCAAGCUUGUACUCUCUUUUCCUCUCUAACAACAAGCUCACUGGUCCCCUGCCUCAUUUUUCCAAUUGCACCAACUUGGGUUAUCUGGAUCUUCAAGAUAACUUGUUAACUGGUUUAGUUCCACCUUCCUUGAUGAAUCUCACCAUGAUUUCAGUCCAUUUGGAGAGAAACUAUUUUCAGGGUCCAUUACCAGUGUUUCAAUCCUCUUUUACUGAUGUCAACACCAGCAAUAAUGGGUUCUGUUUAGACCAUGCAGGGCCUUGUGACAAGCAAGUCACCACUUUGCUUCAAAUUGCUGCGAAUUUUGAGUAUCCUCUCUUGUUGGCGAGAUCUUGGCGAGGAAACAAUCCAUGUCAAAACUGGAGUUUCGUUGUGUGCGUUGAGAACAAGAUCAGAAGCCUGAAUUUGACCAAAAAGAAUCUGACGGGGACCAUCUCUACUGCAUUUACAAACUUAACUGAUCUGAGGGAGUUGUAUCUCAGUGGAAAUAAUUUGAGCGGUCCAAUACCAGAGAGCUUAACAGGUCUACCUCAACUUAAGGUUAUUGAUGUCUCCAAUAACAAUCUAUCAGGGAACAUACCCCAUUUCUCACCUGAUGUCACUCUCAAUACUAAGGGUAAUGUUCUGCUCAUCAAUGCUUCUCAGCCAACCACAGUUGCUCCAUCUAAAGCUCCAUUCUCACUUUCCUUGAUUGCAGGCUUAUCAGCAGCCAGUGUUGGAAUUUUGGUAACAUGUGCUGCGGUUAUUUAUAAAAGCAAGAGGUUACAGAAAAUUCUGUUCAAGAAAACAAUUGUUGAUCACAAUGUUGAGGAUUUGAUACAAAGUCAUGGGUUUAUGGUGCAAAAACGAUAUAGUUAUUCACAGGUAAAAAAGAUGACUAAUUCAUUUCGUGAGGAACUAGGAAAAGGAGCAUUUGGUGUUGUAUACAAAGGAAGUUUAAGUGAUGGUCGUCAGGUAGCAGUAAAGAUAUUAAAAGAGUGUAAAGCUAAUGGAGAAGAAUUUAUAAAUGAGGUUGCAAGUAUUAAUAGAACAUCCCAUGUGAAUAUUGUCCCGUUUUUAGGAUUUUGUUAUGAGCCAAACAAAAGAGCAUUGAUUUAUGAAUUCAUGCCAAAUGGUUCUUUAGACAAAUUUAUUGAUGAAAGGGCAUCGUUUAAUGCUGUAUGCAAAUUGGAUUGGAAUAUACUCUACCAAGUUAUAAUUGGUAUUGCUCGUGGGCUAGAAUAUUUACAUUGGGGAUGUAGCACCAAAAUUUUACAUCUUGAUAUUAAACCUCAAAAUAUUCUUUUGGAUGAGGAAUUUGUUCCUAAAAUUGCUGAUUUUGGACUAGCUAAAAUAUGUACAAAGAAAGAGAGCAUCGUAUCUCUACAGUGUGCAAGAGGAACUCCAGGAUAUAUUGCACCAGAAGUAUAUAAUCAAAUGUAUGGUGGAGUUUCUCGAAUUUCUCACAAAUCCGAUGUGUAUAGUUAUGGGAAGUUGAUUCUUGUAGUAGUCGGAGGCAAAAAGAAUUAUAAUAAUAAAGAUUCUCGUGCCAGUGAAAUAUUUUUUACAGAUUGGAUUUACAAGGAGCUCGAACAAGACAAUCUUUCAGCCAAAUGUUUGAUGAAUAUAGAGGAUGAAAAUAAUGAUUUAGUAAAGAAGAUUAUUUUAGUAAGCAUAUGGUGUAUACAAAGAAAUCCUUCUGACAGACCGUCCAUGAAAAGAGUAAUAGAAAUGUUAGAAGGACCACUUGAUUCUAUCCCAUUUCCUCCAAAGCCAACGUGGUAUUCUCCCCAAGGAUCAAAGUUACAAUCCCCAGAUAUAGCUUAUGAUAAUACACAUGAAACAGAUUCAUCAACUUCAGCGCAGAAUGAUUCUAUCAAUCCAAAUGAGGUUGCCUAAGGCAACAAUAUCUAUGUAGUUGUUGUGUAAUAUAUUUCUCAUUAUAUUCUAGACAACACUCUUGCAUGGUAUCUCUUUUUCUCAAGAGGUAUGUUUGUGGAGCUAUAAGAACUUACUGACGUGAGAAAAGUCAAGCUUCUCAUUGUCUUAGGGGCACUUGUAGUUGUAUCUGAGUAGUGUGGUUUGCUUGCUAUAAACUGAAACUAAGUAGUUGCUUCUGUUGAAAAUGCAUUUAGUUUGCAUGCAUUCUUCUUGAAGUGAAAUUAUUUCGUUAGCAUAAUUGAACAUUUUAAUUUUAAAUUGAGUCCACAGUAACUAGGUUUUUUUUGUA